CUGACGUUCCAUCAAUUGGCCAUACUAAUCUCUGCCGCCGCAGGGCUAGGGUCUUUUAUGCUCAGCUUCUUCUUGAUUUAUAUGCAUGCUGCUCAUUAUACCAAGCCAGCAGAGCAAAGAAACAUCAUUCGCAUCCUCUUUAUGAUACCCAUCUACGCGGCCUCCAACUUUCUUCAGCUCUAUUUCUACCACCAUGCCGUUUACUACUCAGUCAUUUCUGACUGCUAUGAGGCGUUCGCCAUUGCCGCCUUCUUCAGCCUCAUGUGCCAAUAUGUGGCACCGAACCUCCACGAGCAGAAGCAAUUCUUCAGACAACUAUCGCCGAUUCAGCCCUGGGUGCUGCCACUGAAUUGGUUCAAGGCCAUGUGCGGAGGAGAUAGGGGGCCUUGGCGCACGCCUAAGAGUGGCUUGACGUGGUUCAACAUCAUCUGGAUCGGUGUCUACCACUACUGCUUCAUCCGAGUCAUCAUGACCAUUGUUGCCGUUGUGACCCAACAUUUCAAGAAAUAUUGUGAAAGCUCACUUAGUCCCCUGUUCGCUCACAUCUGGGUUCUCGCUGUCGAGUGUGUUGCAGUCGCCAUUGCCAUGUACUGCAUCAUCCAGUAUUAUGUCCAAUUCAAGCAGCAGCUGGCAUACCACAAGCCCUUCCUCAAGGUGCUCUCCAUCAAACUGGUCAUCUUCCUGAGCUUCUGGCAGUCUGUGAUCAUCUCCAUCAUCUCGUCAUCGUGGCUCACCCUCCUCCACUCCACCUCCACGCUCCAGUACCCCGACAUCUCUACCGGCAUACCCGCGCUGAUGCUCUCUGUCGAGAUGUUUAUCUUCUCCAUCCUGCACAUCUAUGCUUAUCCCUGGCAGCCUUAUCGCCAGGGUGCGCCGAUCGUGUUCUACCCCAAGCCGAACCCGGACGCACGAGAACCACAGGAGAAUACGCCGCAGCCGCCUCUCGGUGUCGGGAGGGCGCUGGUGGACGCGUUCAACUUCUGGGACGUCGUCAAGGCCUUUGGCCGUGGCAUGCGCUGGCUCUUCGUGGGGGUUAAGCGCCGUCACGAGGACGUUAGCUACCAGAAGAACAUGGCUAUGGACAUCGACAUGGAUGGUAAGGAAGACGAUCAUUCUCAUGCUUUAUACCCUUACCAGCCGCGCAUCGGCAGGAGCACCGACCACCUGCCCAUCGCGACUCAGUUUCGUAAGCACCACCGCCCUGGCGCCGGCGAUAUUGAUCAGCUUCGCACUCUUGAGAGGCAAUCCUGA